AUGGAGACUUCUCCAGGAUCCUCCUCCCAGACUCCAGACCACAGUCAAGUCCUCGGAAACACAGAAGAUGUAGACUAUGGAGAGACAGAUGCUCACAAGCAAGACAGGGAGGCCGGACUCUUUCCUCAAAAACAGUAUAAGAGAGACAAGUCUUCCUCCUCCUCCUCUUCAUCUUCCUCUUCCUCCUCUUCAUCGUCAUCCUCCUCUGCUUCAGAGAGCGGUGAUGAGGACCAGCACCCCAGGAAAACCAGGAAGCAUCGGCGGAGGCGGGGGGCUGGACACUCCCACAGGGGCGGCUCACCGGGUGCCGAGCACGGGAAGCCUGACCUUUUGAAGGACGAGCUUCAACUCUACGGAGGUGCUCCUGGGGAGGUGGUGCCCUCUGGAGAGUCAGGACUCCGAAGGAGAGGCUCCGACCCAGCAAGCGGAGACACGGAGGAGGCCUCUCAGUUAAGAAGACUGAACAUAAAGAAAGAUGAUGAGUUUUUCCACUUUGUCCUCCUCUGCUUUGCAAUUGGGGCCUUGCUGGUGUGUUAUCACUAUUACGCAGACUGGUUCAUGUCCCUCGGGGUUGGCCUGCUCACCUUCGCCUCCCUGGAGACUGUUGGCAUCUACUUCGGGCUGGUGUACCGGAUCCACAGCACCCUGCAGGGCUUCAUCCCCCUCUUCCAGAAGCUCAGGCUGAUCGGGUUCAGGAGGACUGACUGA